GGAUAUCAAGCAGCGAAGUAUCACAAGAUUAUUGGAACUAAACUUAUCCCUCGGUGGUUUACGCAGUCGUUGCAUGAUUCUGAUGUGGGGAUCUACGAUCGGAUCGUUAUUCAGGAACUGAUAAAAAAUAUGGCAUCCACAGCCCAGUUGGAUAGUAGCCAGCAGCGAGACUUUAAGGUGGUGGUACUCCACGAAGCGGAUCAUUUGACCCGCGAUGCACAACAUGCUUUGCGUCGUACAAUGGAGAAGUACAUAUCCAACUGCCGUUUAAUCCUCUCGGCUGAAUCUGUCAGUAAGAUUAUUUCAGCCACUCGUUCUCGAUGCCUCCCGAUUCGUGUUCCUGCACCGUCGGUUGAGCAAAUUAGCACCAUAUUGCGCAAUACAGCUCGUCGAGAGGGGCUUUCUAUGCCGGUUGAGUUGGCCAGUCGUAUAGCAACUGCGUCAGAACGAAACCUGCGUCGUGCUCUUUUACUCGCAGAAGUGGCCAAAUGGCAACAUAGUCCAAUGCUGCCUGAUCAACCAGUACAACUUCCGGAUUGGCAAGUUUUUCUUGCGGAAACAGCGUCGGCAAUCCUAAGUGAACAAAGUCCCAGAAAAAUCAUGGAAGUUCGCAAUCGCUUGUAUGAACUUUUGUGUCAUUGUAUCCCGGCUGAUGUGAUCAUGCGAGUAAGUCGUAAUUUGGAGAUUUAUUGGAUUUAUUGA